UAUAUAUCCUGACACUUUUAUAUCAAAACAAUCGUGUUAUUGUCGGUAUCGGUAGUGUGUGUAAAAGACAGUUGUAAUCAAAACUUGUUUAAUGACAAUCGCGCGAUUUCCUGUGUAUAUAGCGUAGGAAGACUUUAAAAAAAUGACAACCAAACAAAAGUUCAUCACUCUCGAUCCCAAAGCUUUGAAUCGUACAACAAUUAUCAGAAUUGUUCCCGGCAGCAAAACAAUUACGAGAGGCAACAGUAUUAUAAAACACGUCGUGGGAAUAACAAAAAAGUAUCAACAAGAGAGCAGGGAGCCUACCGAAGACAUUCAAGAGAAAAUUUCAGAGCAUGCAGACGAUAAUGACAUUUCGUGUAGAAGCAAUGACUUUGAGCCGUACAAAGAAUUCAACCCAGAUGAGUCUGAAAGAUUUGAAGAAUCUCUGUCGUUGUCAUUGUCAUCGAAAAAACCAAAACUAACUAUAUUAAGAAGAUGCGCUGUUGAGAAUGAAAGUAUAAAAAUUAAUCCUGCAGAGGUGGAUCCUUUGGAGAAUACAGUUCCAAGUCAAAUUCAUGGCGAUGGUUGCUGCUGUGCAUGUAGAGAUAAACUAGACAUUAUUUUGAGACAGCAACAAGAAAUACUGGACUUCUUGAAGGGUCGAGACAAUGAACAUCCAUAUGAUCUUUUACCAGCUAUGCCAUUUAAUGAUAUAAAUGAUUUCUUAGAUUUCGAUGAGUCGUUAAGCAGUAAUGAAAAGGUUGAAAGUCAAUUUAAGCAAAAAAUUAAAAAGUAUUUAGUCAGUACAGAUCAAAAAUCAAUGUCAAAUAUCAUGUCAAGCAUAAUGACAAAUGAACUGGCAAAAAAAAUUUCUUGGAUUGGAAUUAAAAGUACAGUUGCGUUUGGUACUACUAGCAUGGUUGGAAUUAUCAUUGAUGUCAUUCAAAGUCACCAUAAAAUAGAUAUGGAUACAAUCAAAUCAAGGCUUGCUGAGUGGCUUCGAAGAUGCGGCGAUCGCAUCGGAAACGAAAUGAGAAAGAACCUAAAAAGAGCGAGGAUAUCCAAUUAGAAUUAAUGAUUCAUAAUUAGUAUUUAGUGUGAAAAGUUGUACAUAUUAAUUUUGAUAAAAAUCUUUAUACUUUAAAUAUUUCGCCAAAAAUAAUAUAAUUAUUUUUAAAAAGUAUUUCGAAGAUAAAUAUGCUCUGCUCAAUCUGUUGAAAAUUCAGCAGCAGAUUAUUUAACGCGAGCAACUUUUAUAAAAGUAAUAAAAAAUAAU